AUGACCCGCUCCUGCUGCUCCCCUUGCUGCCAGCCCACCUGCUGCAGGACCACCUGCUGCCGGCCCACCUUCUCUGGGUCCAGCUGUGGUGGCCAAACGGCCUGUGGGUCCAGCUGCUGCCAGCCUUGCUGUCGCCCUAGUUGCUGCUCCACACUCAGCUGCCAGCCAGCUUGCUCUGGCCCCGUGUACUGCUGGCGAACCUGCUACCACCCAACGUGUGUCUGGCUGCCUGGUUGCCUACCCCUGAGCUUUGGAUCCAGCUGCUGUGAGCCCUGCUCUCAACCAACUUGCUCCCGCCCAUCCUGCUGUGUAUCCAGCUUCUGGGAGCCCUGCUCCCGCCCAGCCUGCUGCGUGUCCAGCUGCUGUCAACCUUCCUGCUGCUGA